UGUCCAGAAAUUGCGUUUUACAUUGACCUGGGUCCAGGAAUUUACCGAAACCGCAACAAAAGGAAACUUCUCAGACGACAAAUAGAAAAGUGUUUUGCGCAUCUGCCACCCAAAUUAAGCAAUCUCUGUAGGCAAUACCAAAUCGAGCCAAGGCUCUGACCAUAACUUUCGAUAACGAUCACCUAUUUAUGAACUGUAAAUAGUACUGCCUAACAAUCGACACUAAGCAUACAACACGGUGUGGGGUUUUCUGUACCGCUGUGCUGCGGCAGCACCUGUAGCUACCAUGGGCGCCAACGUGUCGCAGCUGGAGCGCGAGAUCGGCUCUGAUCUGUUUCCGCCGAACGAGCACUACUUCGGGCUGGUUAAUUUUGGGAACACCUGCUAUAGCAACUCGGUGCUGCAGGCGCUGUAUUUCUGCAAGCCCUUUCGCGAGAAGGUGCUCGAAUAUAAGGCCAAGAACAAGCGGCCCAAGGAGACGCUGCUCUCGUGCCUGGCCGAUCUCUUCUACAGCAUUGCCACGCAGAAAAAGAAGGUCGGCUCGAUAGCGCCCAAGAAGUUUAUAACACGAUUGCGCAAGGAGAAGGAGGAGUUCGACAACUAUAUGCAGCAGGAUGCGCAUGAGUUUCUCAACUUUCUGAUUAAUCACAUAAACGAGAUUAUUCUAGCCGAACGCAACACGGGAAGCAGCGCCGGGAAGACGGCUGCUGGUGGCGCCAUUCCCGGCCCAAAUGGUGGCCAAAUGCCAGGAAACAGCAGCACCACAGCAAAGCUAAGCUCGAACUCGAAUUCGUCAAAUUCCACAUCGACCUCGACCUCCAACUCGACGGCAACCAACGGCAAUUGCAGCAACUCGACCGGCUCGUUGAGUGUGCUUGAUGGAAAUGGGAGUCUAACCGCCACGACCACGCCCAUCGCACAAACAAACGGGGCCAACACGGAGCCAACAUGGGUGCACGAGAUCUUCCAGGGAAUACUUACAUCAGAGACACGCUGCCUAAACUGUGAGACGGUGAGCAGCAAGGACGAGAAUUUCUUCGAUCUGCAGGUGGACGUUGAUCAGAAUACGUCCAUAACGCAUUGCUUGCGCUGCUUCAGCAACACGGAGACCCUCUGCUCCGAUAACAAGUUCAAGUGCGACAAUUGCUGCAGCUACCAGGAGGCACAGAAGCGGAUGCGCGUCAAGAAGCUGCCGAUGAUCCUGGCGCUGCACUUAAAGCGCUUCAAGUACAUGGAGCAGUUCAAUCGGCACAUCAAGGUGUCGCAUCGCGUCGUCUUUCCGCUGGAGCUGCGCCUGUUCAACACCUCGGACGAUGCGGUCAAUCCGGACAGGCUUUACGAUCUGACCGCGGUGGUAAUUCACUGCGGAUCGGGACCGAAUCGCGGCCAUUACAUAAGCAUUGUGAAGAGUCACGGGCUCUGGCUGCUCUUCGACGACGACAUGGUCGACAAGAUUGAGGCCUCGACCAUCGAGGACUUUUAUGGCCUCACCUCGGAUAUACACAAGUCCUCGGAAACCGGCUACAUUCUGUUCUAUCAAUCGCGCGACUGCGCUGCGUAAACCAUUUAGUUUGCACUUUUAGUUGCCAUCAAUUAAUUUGAUUCAAAUGACAUUUUGGCUCAGUGCGUAAAAUUUAAGUAAAAAGUUUCUCGUAUUGCCUAUUAUAGGCGAAUUUUAUGUUCAUUCACUUAUUUUAUAACCCUAACCACAUUAAUAAACAAUGAUAAACGUUAGAUAAG